AUGGGCGUCGCCAACAACUACAGCUCGUACUAUCAGGAAUCGCAGGCCGCCUUCACGACGCCAAACAUGUCGGCAACAGCCAUGUCUUACGGCCAAGACUACGGAUCCGACUCGCGCGGGCAGAACCAAGGUUUCGGCAGCUACAGCGCCGGGAUGAUGAUGUACAACGUUGCGCAGCCGAGCACACCCGUCUACGACACACAGCAGUUUGCCCAGCGUCAGCAAGCAGCGAUGCAGAUGAUGACUUCGGACGUCGCCUCGACGUAUUUCGGCGGCUCAGAGGCAGGUUCCGCGCCAACGUCGAGCCUGCAACAGGCCGGCCACGGUUCGAGCUCGUCAUCCGGCCUGUACCAGCAAACGAACGUACCCGUCGGCUACAGUGGGAGCAUCUCCAGCGUCAACACCAUGCAACAGCCGGCUGCCACUGUUGGGGCGUCCGAAGACCACGAAUACCACGACACUGGCUUGGAAGAGAAGUGGCUGAAUUACCAGAGACAGCUGGGGACUGUGUUCCAGGACGUCAAGGGCGGGUCCCUGGAAAGCGCCGCAGAGACACUGCUCAGUCUCUCCAACUGGCUCCUAACACAGGUGGCAGACCUCGGCCUGAGUCAGGAUGACGCGACUCUCCACGAUGAGAGGAUAAAACUCUGGAACGAUUUCAAUCACGCUUGGCUUGCGCUAGCCUUUCAGCAAAAGACGAUGAUGGAGUCGGGACAGCAGCUCGGAAGGAGCCAAAGGCUAAUGUCAGAAGACACAGUAAAGAAGAUGGGAGACGAGCUGAUCCGUCUGUGCGACGGUAUAGAGCGGCAUGGUCUGGUCGACUAUCAAUACGGCGUCUGGGAAGACCAGAUCGAGAGUGUACUCGAGGAAUGCUUGGAUCUUUACGAGUCCAUGGCUGGCGAGGGGAGGCGAUCAUGA